AGUCCCACAUCAUGUGGGAUGAUGGUCUUUGGGCAAGUCAUUACUAAUAUGGUAUCAGAGCCCAUGAUAAAAACCUGCAGAUGAUUUUCCACAUAAACAGUUUCCUAUCCAUAUAACUGGUAAAAGUGCCAAAUCAUGUUGUGUUUGGUUUGUUAUGGGUGUAUAUAGGUAAGCAAUGUGGGAACGGGUGUUGUGAAGCGACCAUAAAGUGUACAUCAGAAGAAUUCAAGUUUAUCAUGGCUACAAAUCUGGAGUCAGCAUUUCAUCUAGCACAGCUCGCACACCCGUUGUUGAAAGCCUCUGGUUCAGGGAACAUUGUGCUCAUGUCUUCCAUUGCUGGGGUUGUAAAUUUGAGUCGUACAUCCAUCUAUGGAGCAACCAAAGGAGCCCUGAAUCAGCUAGGGAGAAACUUGGCUUGCGAGUGGGCGAGUGAUAACAUAAGGGUUAACUCUGUUUGUCCAUGGUUCAUCACAACUCCUGCAACUAAAGAUUUUCUCUGUGGUGAAGUAAAAGAAAAGGUAGAGAGUGUGACACCAAUGGGGCGUGUUGGAGAGGCAAAUGAAGUUUCAUCGCUUGUGGCAUUUCUAUGUCUUCCUGCUGCUUCUUAUAUUACUGGUCAAACCAUUUGCGUUGAUGGAGGUUUCACUAUCAACGGCUUCUCAUUCCCUUAAAUACAUAUAUGUAUAAUUUCCAAAUUGUUGGAUAAUGUUUUCAAUACCUUAUGAAUUUGAGACCAUUUAGGUUGAUGGUUCUCACCCCAUUUUUACAUAUAUGAUUCUCCUCUGUU